AUGAGCUUAACCCUUGUUGAUUUCGUCAAACAACAGGAGCCGCUUUUCAUUAAGGCGGCCACUGACGAGCGGAUGGUGUGGGCGAAGGAAAGUCAGUUCGCCAUCCAGCUAUUUCAGAACAACGACUACCUCGCGAAAGUUGCAUUCCAGAACCAGACCAGCACACAGAACGCGAUCAUCAACGUUGCGGCUAUCGGUAUUUCGCUAAACCCAGCUCAGAAGCUGGCUUACCUGGUUCCGCGUAAAGGGGCUAUUUGCCUCGACAUCAGUUACAUGGGCCUGAUGCACAUCGCGCAGCAGUCUGGCGCCAUUAAGUGGUGCCAGUCGGCUAUUGUUCGAAGAAACGACCAGUUCCGCCGCGAGGGGCUCGAUAAGCCGCCGAUCCACAUCUACAACGACUUUGAUACUGAAGAGCAGCGCGGGGACAUUGUAGGGGCGUAUGUAACGGUAAAAACUGACGAUGGUGAUUACCUUACCCAUACGAUGCGCAUCGAUGCCAUCUACUCCAUCCGUGACCGGUCUGAAGCAUGGAAGAAGUACAAAUCUGACAACAGCAAGAAGUGUCCAUGGGUCACCGAUGAAGAGCAGAUGAUCCUAAAGACGGUCGUGAAGCAGGCAGCAAAAUACUGGCCUCGACGUGAGCGCCUGGAUGCCGCCAUCGACCAUGUUAAUACCGAGGGUGAGGAAGGUAUCAACUUCUCAGCAGAACGCCAGCCAGAACGCGAUGUAACCCCAGCAGGAGACGAAAUUAUCAAGGAGAUUAACGACGUCCUUAUCGCAAUGGAUAAGACAUGGGAAGAAAACCUGCUCCCAGUCUGUUCGCAAAUUUUCCGUCGUGAUAUUCGCGAUUCAUCCGAGCUUACCCAAGCCGAGGCAGUUAAGGCCUUAGGCUUCCUCAAGAAGAAGGCGGCAGCAUGA